CCGCCUUGCCCAAGCAACCUCCAGCUCGCCUCUCUUCUGCCCUCCCCGAAAUCAAUCGAUCACACGCCCCCGCCCACCACGCCCCAUUCCCCACCCUUCCAGAGGCCCCCGCCGCCCCGCCGCAGCGGGGGAUGCCGCCGGCGGUAGCGCCCGACCCGCCGCGCCAAAACCCUAGCGGGCCCGACCUCCCCGCCGCCGCCGCGGCCCCCAUGGCGAACCCGGGCCUAGGGCUCGGCCUCGCGCCGCCGGGCGCGGAGCCCUCCGCCGGGGGGCCGCCGCCCUCGCGCCGCGCUCCCCGCCUGGCCAAGCGGCGCCACGCGCCCGCCUCGUCCCGCUCCCGCGCCCCGCAGGCCCCCGCCGGGACGUGGAACCCGUUUGGCGGCGGCGGCGGCGGCACGGAUGGUCCGAGGCAGGACGGGACUGGCGGGUUCGGGAGUGGGAACGGAGGUUUCGGGAAGGGUCAGAGCGGGGGCUUUGUGUUCAGUGCUGCGCCGGCGGUGAGCCAGCAGGCUCCGGAGCCCCCAGCAGCAGCGGCUUCACCCAGUGAGCCACCAUUCGUGUUUGGGAGCGUGAGGGAGAGCCUGCCUCGAUUUGAGGAGGGAUUAUCUGCUCCGUCAAAGCUGCCUGAUAAGAUGGAGAAGUUGAACCUGCGCACACCGGGAGAGGUUGGCGUUGGUUUUGGUCAGGGGAAGGAUCAAAAGGAUGGAUGUUCUGUAUUUGGUGUUGAUAUUUCUGGUUUGGUCUCUAACAUCCAAGUUAAUGUGCUCCCGGAGAAGCUGACGCAGUUGAAUUUAGGCUGUGGAGCACCCUUGCAGAGUGGGAAGGGUGACAUUGGUAAUGGUGUGCCAAAAUCAUUUGUGUUUGGAGGUAAUGGAGCUGGGACUUUUGCUGUUAGUAGGAAUGCUGCUGCCCCUGGUGCACAUUCAGAUGCUUCUGCCUCAGUUCUAGGUACUGAUGCGAAAGCUAUGCCUGAGAAGUUGACACAGUUCAAUAUAGGUGAUCAGGCACCUUCCAGGGGAAAGGGGAUUGAAAAUACUAAUGGAUCACCUUUCGCUUUUGGAAGUACUGCAGCAAGUGUCCGUUUGGAUAGUACAAACAAUGUUGCAUCUGGUGCCAAUACUAGUUCAUCCACUGCUAUUAAUGGUUUGGAUGAUGCUGGUGUGCUUCAGGAGAAGAUAACAAGGUUGAACAUAGGAAGUAACAUGCCGUUGCAUGAGAUGAGAAGUGCUGGUGGUAGUCAUCAACCUGAAGUGUUUACAUUUGGGAAUGGAGGAGCCCCAGGUACUGUUUUUGGGAAGGAAACAAGCAGCACUUCAGAUAGGAGCAGUGAAUUCUUCUCUGCAAAUAGCAAUGCUUCUAGUCCAAGCAGUGAUUUUCUCUCUACAGCAAAUAGCAAUGCUUCAGCUAAAGGUACUGACAGUUUGCCUCCAGAGAAGAAAUCAGAUUUGAGUGCAGGAGGUGGAGUCAUGUCACAUAGCAUGGAAAGUGAUAAUGCUAAUUGUCCACCGGAGGCAUUGUUUGGAAGAAAUGGAGCCCGGAGCUCCAUUUCGCACUCUGCAAGCGUAGCCAUGGAUGAUGGAAGUAACUUUGUCAAUGAUGCAUAUACUAACAUCAGUUCAGCUCGUGGUACAGUGGAUGGUGUGCUUCCAGAGAAGAUGACAGAGUUAAAUAUAGGAUCUGGAAUUCCAUCUCAGAGCAGGCAAGAUGAAACUGCUACUCAACCACCAGAAGUAUUUGUAUUUGGAAGUAAUGUUUCUAGCUUUUCUUCUGCCCAGACUGCAAGCAUGUUGUUCACUAGCUUUCAAACUAUUUUAUCCUCUCAACCAAAGGACAUGGGGGGAAACUUUAUUGAUGAGAAUGUUAAUAAUUCUACAUAUUCUGAAGCAAGUAAUCAAGGAUGCGGGACAAGUAGCUUUGUUUUCGGUAGAGGCAGCAAUGCUGCUCCUUCUGAAGGAGCUGCAGAAUAUGCACUACAUGAUGAAAUCAAGAAAUUGAACAUCAACAUUGAAGGGCCUCCACUAGGAUGUACUAAAUUGAAUGGUUCCGUGACUCCUGAAUUUUCGUUUCAAAGUAAUGCAGAGGCUACUUCAGGAUAUGGCGCUGUUCCUCAACCCAAACAGGAGUCGCAUCCAUUUACAAAUUUGAAUUGUCCAUCUAGUUUCUCUACUUUUGAGACCGCAGUGCCUGCUUUCAGUUUUGGAUCCAUGAGUGCAGAAAGAGAAACUGCUCCCAAUGAUCCUUGUGCUGUCAAACAGGAUUUGCCUGGGUGUUCCAGAGAGACCUUAUUUGGUUUAGACAGUAUAAAGUCUGCAUACAGGGACAAAAAAGAAGUACACAAAAGCAAAAGGAAAAAUAGAAGACCAACUAGGCUAAAGCAACAUGCCCAAGUCCAUCAUGUUGCUUCUAAGGAAACCUGUACCAAUGGAGAUUUAGCAGGUGACUAUUCACCAAUGGAUUGUUCCCCUUAUCCGGCAGAAACUGAACAUGUUUCAACCGAGGCAUAUGUGGCUUCAGAUCAGUCUGUUCACAUAGGUGAUAGUGGUAUCCCUAACUGGAACUCCAGUUGUGCAGAUGAUGAUGUAGUUUCUGCAACUGAGCACUUGGUUAUUGACUCCGACCAUCAGACAUUUGGAAAUGAAGGUAGAGUAGAUACAUCUGAUAGCAAUUUUGGGAGCAGCUUUUCUAGUUUUGAAGGAGAUUUAAGUAAUGCAUCACGGCAUUCUUUCACUAAUGUCAAUAUUUGCUUGAAUGGUGAGCAUAAAACAGGUGCAACAGAAGCUUGUCCUGAUGGUUAUGGGCAUAAUGUUAAUGGGCAAGCCUAUGAUGAGAAUACCUACAGAACUCUGCAUGAUUUUGGUGAAGCUGUUGCUUUUCAACCAAGCUCUUCAAAUUUUAGUGGGCUGAACUUUAGCUUCGGUGCAUCGUCAUCUCAUAUUUCUGCAUCAGCACAAAGACGUAGCACAAGAAGGAAGUUAAGAACAAAAAGCACUCCAGCAUCGAAGUCGUCAAGUACCAACUCUUUUGUACAGCCAAAAUCUUCACAAGAUAUGAAAGGCAUGCAAGUUUCCCGUGAAAUAAGUAUAAAUGAGGACUCAGUGAAAGAGCAAGAAACAAGAGAUUCUUCUACUUCUGUGGCCUUGGAGACUUGUGAAACCUGGCGUACUAGUGGAAAUAAAGCCUAUGCAAAUGGACACUUUGCUACUGCAGAGGAUUAUUACACCCGUGGAAUAAACUCUAUUUCCCAUCAUGGCGCUUCUGGGCACUGUUCCCGCGCAUUGAUGCUGUGUUAUAGCAACCGUGCUGCUACAAGAAUGUCACUUGGCAUGAUUCGGGAAGCGCUUCAGGAUUGCUUAACUGCUACCUCAAUUGACCCUAGCUUUAUUAAAGCUAAAGUUAGAGCCGCAAAUUGCUACCUUGCAUUAGGUGAUCUUGAAGAUGCAUCAAGGAGUUACAUGUCCUGUUUGAACAAUAACACUUCGAGUUCUGACCCCAAAAUGUUUACUGAGGCUUCUGAUGGUUUGGAAAAAGUCAAGCGAGUGACAGAGUGGGUAUCCCAGUGCAAGGAACUUCUUGGGAAAAGAGCAUCUCCUGAAGCAACAAAAGCCUUAGAAUUGAUCUCCAAUGCAUUGCACAUAAGUCCACACUCGGAUAGCCUGAAGGAGAUGAAAGCUGAGGCAUUGCUGAUGCUACGAAGAUAUGAAGAAGUGAUUCAACUAUGUCAGGAGUCUGUAAAUCCAGUUGAAAGAAAUUCAGUUUUAUUCAAUGCUAAUGGAGAACCAGAGAAUUCCAGAGUAUCUGAAAAGACACAAUUCUCUGGAAGUUAUUGGCGGCCCUACCUUAUCUGCAAGUCUUAUUUCCUUUCAGGAAAGCUUGAUGAAGCUCUUGAUUUGUUAAAGAAGCAUGAGCAAAUCACACCUUCCAAAGAAAGCUUACACAGUGAUGAGAGCACAUAUCAUCAACAUUUCUCAUCGUUGUCAGCAACUAUAAGACAACUACUCUCCCUUAAGGCUGCUGGAAAUGAAUUAUUUCAAGCUAGAAGAUAUUCAGAUGCUGUGGAACAAUAUUCAGUGGCUUUGGCAUGCAAUAGUGAAUCACGCCCGUUUUCAGCUGUCUGUUUUUGCAAUCGUGCAGCUGCAUAUCAAGCACUUGGUCAAGUUACUGAUGCGAUAGCAGAUUGCUCACUUGCCAUGGUUCUUGAUGCAAAUUAUCCAAAGGCAAUUUCAAGGCGAGCCACCUUAUACGAGAUGAUAAGAGAUUAUGGACAAGCAGCUAAUGAUGUAAGGAAGCUAAUCUUGCUUCUUGAAAAGAAAGUCAAUAUGUCUGGAGUAUCACCAAAAGUUUUUAACAAGCACAGUGAUCUCAAGCAAGCACGCGCGCGGCUCUUAUCCAUAGAGGAUGAAGCAAAAAAGGAUACUCCGCUGAAUUUGUAUUUAAUCUUGGGAGUGGAGCCAUCCUGCUCUGCAGCCGAUAUCAAGAAGGCAUAUCGGAAAGCUGCAUUGAAACAUCACCCAGACAAGGCUGCUCAAUUACUAGUAAGGAAUGAGAAUACUGAUGAUGGAUUUUGGAGGGAUGUUGUCAAGGAAGUUUAUGCAGAUGCGGAUCAUCUGUUUAAAACAAUUGGGGAGGCAUAUAAUGUUCUUUCGGACCCGGACAAGCGUCAAGAGUAUGAUUUUGAAGAGGAUGUAAGAAAAUCUCGAAAGAUAUCCAAGUCCAGGAGUAUGCAUAGGUCACCUGAACAGAACUAUGGCAACAGAGGUUUUAAUCCACGUCAGUGGCAGUCAAGCAGAGCGUCACGCUCACGAUGGUAUGGAUACUCAGAUGAUUACUGGUAAACUUAUUGGAAGCUAUGUAUGGUGUGGUCAUUGGCCGAGAAGCAACUUUUGCAUCAGUUGCAAUGUUGCAUGUGGAGCAAGGCCCCAUUUCACCAAGAUGGGUUGCACCUAUCUAGUGUUUCUAGGUGCCACUGCUAACCCACCCUCAGUGCUAUUAUUUUUGGGAGGAUUUGCUUUCGACAUUGAUGUGGUGUUGCAGCUUGACUGGCACAUGCAUGAUCUGGAGACGGGACAUCAAGUUAUCUUGGUUGGCUUGAUGGUGUGUGAACAUUAACUGCUUGGUAGUGGGACAUCCAGAUAUCAUGGCUGGCAUGAUGGUGAACCACUGACAUCAUCAUCAAAGGUUAGAAACACGGGGAAAGAUAUUGGUUUCUCCAUAGGUAAAAGCAUUCUUUUGUUGAGUGUAUGGCUUCUGUCUCAGGUUUACAGCGCCAAAGAAGAUCAGCUGAAAGAAGAGGCAUCUUCUUUUCUGCAUGCUGUUGUUUUCUGUUUAUAAGUUAUCCAAAUAUUGUAGCAUGCGUGGUAAUUGGAAACAAAGAGGAAUGGUACAUAUUGUAACUGCCCAAUGUCGAAAUCUCCAAUUAUUUGUUUUUGUUGACCA